AUUCAGCAAUAAGUCAGCCAGGCUUCCACACUACACGAACUUGUAGGACAACUUUGUGAAGUGCAGUCUGUCAGUCAUGAGUGUCCCUAUAGAACAAAUAUAUUGUGCUGUGUUGGAAAAAAACCAAACUGGUAAGCUGAUGUCUCAGUUUUCAGGGUCAAAAGCUUUUUUAAACAGUGUGGGCUAGUGGAAGGGAUUAUGGUCCUGAAGCUUUAAAAUUUCACCUGUCCUAUAGGACUCUAUUUAAAAAAACUAAACCAAACCAGGAACUCCAUGGCAUUCACCCUGCAGAGAGAGAAAUGUCCUCCAGGAGAGAUGGAAUGUUAAGGCUCCAGAACUAUAAUAAAAAAAUUAGAACUAAUAAGUAUCUUUUUACAAAAAUUAGAAGAAAUACAAGGGUCUUUUUAAAGUAUUGUAUGUACUGUAAACGUGGACCCUGUUCUUGGGGCCACCCAUGCAUGCUAAAAUACCUGUCAUGGUUAUAGGACUACCUGAAUCUCUGAUCUUGGGGGCACCCCUUGGUCUCACACCUCCUGCCUUUACUUUCCCAGGGGUUGAAUCACACAAUUCUCCCAUUCUUAGUCUAGGUCCUGGGCUAUAGCACCCAAUGGCUCAAAUGUGCUUACUAAGGAGCAGCUCCAAUUCUGUCACACCACCAAUUUGAGGGAAUGGGGAGGGGCAAAAAUCUUCAGUUUUAGACACUGGUGUACAGGUUAGCUGACCACCACAUGAUUUUUGAGAGCCUGUAAACAGUCAUAUGCAAAUUCUAGUGAAGAGAUACUCAUGUGAGAUGGAAGAUUAUACAGGUGCUGCAUUGGAUGUAGACACUGGAAAAGUAUUGGUUGUACAAGACAAAAAUAAAACAACAAAUGCAUGGAAAUUUCCAGGAGGCCUGUCAGACCCAGGUGAAGACAUUGGAAACACAGCAGUUCGAGAGGUUUUUGAAGAGACUGGUAUUAAGUCAGAGUUCAAGUCCCUCUUAAGCGUAAGGCAGCAACAUAGGCACCCUGGAGCCUUUGGGAUAUCAGAUAUGUAUAUCAUCUGUCGCCUGCAGCCUUCCUCAUUCAACAUCAGCUUCUGCCAGCAGGAGUGCUUGAGGUGCGAAUGGAUGGAUCUUGAGGAACUUGCUAAGACCAAAGACACUACUCCCAUCACCAGCAGUGUAGCUAAACUGCUACUUUAUGGAUACAGAGAAGGGUUUGAUAAGAUUGAUAUGACCAUGAGAGAAUUUCCAGCUGUUUACACUGGCCUAUUUUAUAAGCUGUACCACAGGGAGCUGCCAGAUACUUAUAAAAACAUGACAGAAUUGUAAUAAGCUUCACAUUUUAUUAAAAUAAUAAUUUAGAAUUGAUUGUUUUAAAUUGUGGGCUUACUUGUACCAUAUUAAAAAUAUUCCUGGACUUUG